AUGUAUGAAAUGGGAGAUAAUAAUAAUAAUAAUAAUACUAAGCCAACUAAUGGUAAUCAUCAUGAAUCGGAAGAUGUAGAUAUAGAUGAUGAAAAGGAAUCGAUUGAUAGUUCAAUUAAGAGAAGAAGACAAGCACCACCGGAAGAUAUUGAAAUAGCCGAAAUCGAUGAUGAUGAUGAGGAUGAGGAAGAAGAAGAUGAUGAUGAGGAAGAUGAUGAUGAGGAGGAGGAAGAAGAUGAAGAGGAAGAAGAUGAUGAUUUAGUAGUGAUUGAGAAAUCUCCUCAACCUUCUAAUGAUAAGACUAGUUCAUCAAGCAUCCCAUUAGCCAAUGAUUUUGAAGCUACAGCUGCUCGAUUAAUGAAACCAUUACCUGAUUAUCCGAUUAAGGAUGAAACUCAUUAUGUAUGGCAUAUUAAAGAUUGGAGUGGAAUUAAAGAAGAAAAAGUUAGAUCACCUCAAUUUGAAUGUGGAGGAUUUAAUUGGAAUAUAUUAUUAUUUCCAAAAGGUAAUAAUCAAAGUGGUUCUGUAUCACUUUAUAUGGAACCUCAUCCAAUAAUUAAAGAUGAUAAUGAACAAAUUCCUGAUGAUUGGUAUGUAUGUGCCCAAUUUGGUCUUGAUAUUUGGAAUCCUAAUCAUCCAGAAAGUCAUUUACCAAGUGGAUCACAUCAUAGAUUUAGUAAACAUGAAACUGAUUGGGGGUUUAGUUCAUUAAUUGAUAAUAAACUGUUAGCAUCAUCAUCAAUUCCUCGACUUGGAAAUCAAUUACAUGCUAUAUUAGAAAAUAAUCAAUUAAAUAUUACUGGAUAUGUUAAAGUUAUAGACGAUUCUUCAACUGGAGUAUUAUGGCAUAAUUUUAAUGAUUAUGAUUCUAAAAAGCAUGCCGGAUUUGUAGGAUUAAAUAAUCAAGGAGCUACUUGUUAUUUAAAUUCUUUAUUACAAAGUUAUUUUACUACUAAAGUAUUUAGAAAAUUAGUUUAUCAAAUCCCCACUAUGAAUAAUUCUUCAACUUCUUCAAAGCAAACUCCAACAGUCCCAUUAUCAUUACAAAGAAUCUUUUAUUUAUUAUCUACAUCAAAUGCUCCAGUAGGAACUUUAGAAUUAACUAAAUCUUUUGGUUGGGAUAGUUCUGAUGCAUUUACUCAACAUGAUGUACAAGAAUUAAAUCGAAUUUUAAUGGAUAGAUUAGAAACUGCUAUGAAAGGUCUGGAUAUUGAAGGUAAAUUAAAUGAUAUAUUUGUUGGAAAAAUGAAAUCAUAUAUUAAAUGUGUUAAUGUCCCUUAUGAAUCUUCAAGAGUUGAAGAUUUUUGGGAUAUUCAAUUAAAUGUUCGAGGAUUUAAAAAUUUACAAGAAUCAUUUAAAAAUUAUAUUGAAAUUGAAAUGUUAGAUGGAGAAAAUCGUUAUCAAGCUGGUGAUGAUUAUGGUUAUCAAGAUGCUAAAAAGGGUGUAGUAUUUGAAUCAUUUCCUCCAGUAUUACAUCUUCAAUUAAAGAGAUUUGAAUAUGAUUUUAUGGUAGAUGAUUUAGUUAAAAUUGAUGAUUUUUAUGAAUUCCCUGAUAAAAUUGAUUUAAAACCUUAUCUUGAUGAAGAUUUACCAGCCGAAAUUAAGAAUCAAAAUUGGAAUUAUAAAUUACAUGGAGUUUUAGUUCAUCAAGGUAGUAUAUCUAAUGGACAUUAUUAUGCAAUGAUUAAACCUAAUGGUAAUGAUGAUGUUUGGUUAAGAUUUGAUGAUGAUAAAGUAUGGAGAGCUACUAAAACUCAAGUAUUUCAUGAAAAUUUCGGAGCUAAUGAAAUUACUACAGAAGAAUUAUCAAAAUUAUCUCGAUUAGAACAACAAGAAAAUUUAUUAAGAAGAGUAACUUCUGCUUAUAUGUUAGUAUAUUAUCGAGAAUCUCAAUUAGAAGAAAUCUUACCUAUUAAUGAAAAUAUGAGAGAAGCUAUACCAGAACAUAUUCCAAGACAAUUAAAGGAAGAAAGUGAAGAACGUGAAAGAUUAGAAAGAUUAAAACAAGAAGAACUUUAUUAUACCGAAACGAAAUUCAUUACAACUUCAACGAUUAAUAAUCAUAUUGGAUUUGAUUUAGCACUUGAUCUGACUAUUCCUAAGUUUUGUGAUGAAACUUUAAAGGGAACAUCAUGUGAUCCCAUCUCAUUUAAAGUUAAGAAAGAUGAUCCUUAUUAUUCACUUUAUAAAUUGGUAGGAAAGCAAUUGAAAUACUUUAAUGAAGAUGAUGAUAAUGAUGAACAACAAAUAAUUGAAGAUGAUAAGAAUUUACCCUUUAGAUUAAUCAUUGUUUGUCAUAGAAAUAAUCAUACUAAUCGAGUGGAUUCAGAAGUAAUUGAAGAAAAUAAAGAUAAAACCAUUAAUUCUGUGUAUUUCAAAUCUUUCAAUAGAAAAUUCGAUGAAUUUUUAUUUUAUAUUGAAGAAGUUAAUAAAGAUAUUAAUAAUAUUAAUCAAGCAAUUCCUUCAACUACUAUAAUUAAUCCUCGAGAUUUUAAAUUUGAGACUGUAUUUGAAAAGAUUAAUCAAGUAGGAACUACGGUGAAUCCGGAAUUUAAAUUCCAUUCUAUUUAUGAUCAUUCAAAUCAUAUGAUAUUAUUCAUUAAAUAUUUCGAUCCAAUUUCUCAAGAAAUUAGAGGAUUAUCUCAUAUAGUUGUUUCUAAGGAUUCAGUAAUUUCAAAGAUCAUUAAACCAAUUAAUGAACUUUUAAAUUUUGAUCCAGAAACUAAUUUACAAUUAUUUGAAGAAUUUUCUCCUUCAAAAAUUGAUAAGAUUGAUACUUCAUUAACUCUUAAUAAGCUUGAAUUAAGUAAUGGUGAUAUAAUUACGGUACAAGUUCCUGAAGUUGCUGAAUUAGCAGGUGAUAAGAAAUUUAAGGAUCUUCGAGAAUAUUAUAAAUUUAUGUUAACUAGAAUUCAUAUUCAAGUUAAACCAUUUAAAGCUGAUCUUGAUGAAGAAGAUAGUGAUUUUGUAGUUGAAGAAAAUAAAAAUGGUAAUGGAAAUUCACUUAUUAGUCCUAGUGAUACUUUAUCAUCAAAUGAAGAAUUAGAUGAUGUAUCAACAAGAAAGCAAAUUGAAGCAGCUAAAAGAAUUAGUAAAUCAUUUGAUUUUUGGAUUUCAACUUUAUAUACUUAUCAAGAACUUGCAGAAGAAAUUGCUUCAAAAUUAGGUUCAAAAGUUGAUCCAACUUAUUUAAGAAUCUUUGUUCUUAAUAAUCAAGGUCUGAGAUAUCCCUUAAAAUCUUCUCAUCAUUUAUCUACAUUUUUACCAAAAACUGUUCCUGUUAAUCAAAUUAUUUCAUUUGAAUAUGAAAUUUUAAAUAUUAAAUUACGAGAUUAUGAAAAUUUGAAAUCUGUUAAGAUUCAUUGGUUAACGAGUCUUUUACAAUAUCAAGUAUUUGAAUUAUUAGUGGCAAGAAAUGGAUCUAUUCGAGAUUUAAUUAUAAAAUUAUUACAUAAAGUAAGUGUUUCCCCUAAAGAUUAUAAACAUAUCUUUGUAUGGUCAGGUAGAAAUCAUUCAUAUUAUGAUUUUGUUAAAUUUGAUAGACCAUUGGAAGAUUUAGAAGAUGAUAUUGAUUUAUACGCAGGGAUUUUCCCAGCAGAAAUUGAAAUACUUACAAGUCAUGAUAUGAUUAAAAGAUUUGUUGAUGAAUCAGUUAAUGUAGAAGAUUUUGAUAAUGAAUUUUUAAAGGAAGAAUUCAUUAUGUCAAGACAAUUAAGUAAAGAUCUUAAUUUAAUUCCUGCAUUCCAUUUCUAUAAAAAUAGUACUUAUCAUCAUGGAGUUCCAUUUAUAUUUGCUGUAUAUCCAGGAGAGAAAUUUUCUGAAACAAAGGAAAGACUUCGUAAGAAAUUAGGAUUAGGAUUACAAGCAUUUGAAAAGAUUAGAUUUGCUUUAGCUGAUAAUCAGGAUAAAGGUUCAUAUAUUGAUAGUGAUAAUGAAGAAUUAAUCUUAUUUAAUGAAAUUGGUAAAGUACAAUUAUCCAUGUCUUUAGCGUUAGAUCAUCCAGAUAGAAGUUCUCGUCGUACUGGACAAUUCGAUAAGGGUAUAUCUAUUCGAUAA